AUGGCCUUCUUACGGAAGGGGAACUUGGUCCCUUCACUCUCCGAAACCCGCCAUAUCCAGACCUUGGUCGCAGAUGGCGAGGUUAAACUGGCCCAAUUUGAGCGUGCAAGAGCUCAGCUGGCCGCACAGACAGAGAGGCUACAGGCAGAUUUGCACGCUUGGAAGCAAAUGCUCAGCCCCAUGCGCCGUCUCCCUCUCGAAUUACUCUCAGAAAUAUUUUUCCGUGUUCUCGGAUAUCACGACGAGGACGAUCCGGCUGUGAUGGGCAGUCUUUCCCGGAUCUGUCAGGUGUGCUCCAGGUGGCGAACACUAGCCUUCAGUAUACCUCGAUUGUGGACGAACAUGUUCUUCUCUGUCCCAGAGACGGGACCUAUUACGCAUACCCUUUUCGCUAUAAUUGGGGACUACCUGCCGCGGUCUGCACCACAUCAUCUUCACUUGCGAUUUGACACACCAAUUUAUGCUACGCACCCACCAGAAAAUAUCUCUACGCUGCUACGUGCUGUGGUACCCUUCUUAGACCGCCUGCGAUCUCUGCAGCUGCAUCUUCCUCUGGAGGCUCUGCUCGCCUUCUCGCAUUUUCCGGACAAGCCGGACGCCCUCCCUGUUCUGGAUGCCUUCUCCUUCUCGCCUCCUGCAAAUAUAUCAGAACCUCACAUGACCGGCGUCGACAUGGCCCUCGCACCAGUCCUACUCAAAGCCCCCCAUUUGCGAGAUAUAGACUUAUCCAUCUCCGAUGGAAAUACCCUUCGCGCCUGGCCUAUCCCAUGGUCGCAAAUCGUGAUUCUUGACCUGCACCAAUUCUUUGAUACACCCGAGUCAGCUCAGGAGGCCCUCUCGCACUGUUCGUCGUUGGAGCAGUGCUCACUCAAACCCAUACCUCUCCGCCACACGGGUAACCCCAAUUCAACAUCCCCGCUACCUAUCACCUUGCCCCUACUCAAAUCGAUGGACAUUGAAUUCCUCUAUGAAAUCGACGAUACUACUGAAGGCGCAGCGUCGUUUUUUCGUCAUCUCAAUAUGCCCGCUCUCUCCGAACUGCAGUUGUUCAUAAACGCCGGGGCCGACGAAUUCGAGGUGCCGCUAUUCGUGACACACCUGUUCUUACGCUCAGGACCUUCCUUAAAGACCCUCGUUCUCUUUGGCGUUCAGUUCGAGGAGGGAGAUAUAGAACUACUUCUGCAGUCUCUACCAGUCUUGGUAAACCUCAAGUGUGAAUACUGUCUAGUCGGUCACGAUCAAUUGUUCGACGCAUUGCAGUAUCACGGACCCGAUGGGCUUCCUCCCUUGGUGCCACGGCUGGAAAAACUCGAAGUCCUCGAAUAUGAUGUCCGUAUGCCUAUUACACCCCACAAGAUCGCAGACACGAUCGUCUCCCGCUGGUGGUCGGACGAAGAUCUUUUGGUGGUGCGACCUCCUGUGGCUCGGUGGAAGAAUGUUCAAAUUUGGUGGGAAAAUGGCGGCACUCUGGAGCUGGACGAGGCGACGUGGGAUAGGAUCUCCAUUUGUUGUGACGAGGGCUUGAUCGUCGAUUUAGAAGUACAAUGA